UUUAUAGCUAUAGCUAGGGUUUGGAAAUUGGGAAGGAGGAAAUGGACUAUGAUCUGUACAGUGUAUAUUGAUGGAUGGAUCGGUCACUGAUCUCAGGAGAAAAAUCGGGUAACUGUUAGAUGGGUGGUUACUUUCAGCAAUUCAUAAAGGAAAAAGGGAAAGGGAUGCAUCAGUGGUGGUGGUGGUGGCGGAGUACUAGCUAGCUUGCAUUCACAGACUUAGCUUUCAUGCAGUUAUCUCAUCAUCCCAACUCUUUUUUCUCUUUCUGUUUUUUUUUUUUUUCCCUUCAUUUUUCCUGCCUAACCCACCUGGAAACAAAGCUACCAACCCAUUCUGAUGACGACGAUGACCAAGAUAAAAGAAAUCUGUCUAUCUAUCCAUCCAUCGCCGACCACUGUUGUGAUUGCAAGUAGUGUUUGGUGGCGUGAAGCGUUUUGCCAAUAGCUACCCUGACUGACAGUUGCCUCUCAACUACGUACACCCCCAAUACGAACUCAUCAAUUUCCUCUACGCCCAUAUAUGGCAAAACAUGACAUCUCCAUCUGCCCUCACUUACUUCAUUUUUUUUGCAACUCGAUCCUUUCGUCAGCUCAUUGUCACCGAGCUAUAAUAUAUACUCAAAUUACUAAUUUCUUCUGUUCUUCCCGAUGGAUGGGUGUGCAGGAAGAGCCAGGCGAAGAAGGUGGUGUGCAUCCCUGCGCCGGCGGCUGCCAACAGCCGGCCAAGUGGGGAAGUGGUGCCCUCCGAUCUGUGGGCUUGGAGGAAGUACGGCCAGAAACCCAUCAAGGGCUCCCCUUAUCCCAGGUGAUUUCUUCAUUUUCUCAUUUUUUUUCACCAUUAAUUUUCUCCUAGCUAGGGUCCUAUAGCUCUGUCUGAUCAGCUUCUUUCAAUUUCUCCCUUCCUUUUGGGUUUUUUUAAACUGUUUUUGUGUACUAUGAAUGAAUUUACCUCCGUCUCGUCUGCUUUUGUAAUUGCGCAUGGCAUGGAAUACUUACUAUGCAUGUAGAUAUACAACAGUACUCCUGAAACUGCCAGUUUACUUUACUUGAGGGGUGUUUUAUUUCCUCGGUCAUUAAUUAUUGUCAAAUCAUUGAUAUGACUGAGAGUACUGAUAUAUUCAUUUUCCUGCAAAUUAAAUUAAAACAGCGUUUUUCUUUGUGUCUGUCUGUAUUUACACUUGUUGUUGUUGUUGUCGUUGGCGUGGCGCGCAGGGGAUACUACAGAUGCAGCAGCUCGAAGGGGUGCUCGGCGAGGAAGCAGGUGGAGCGUAGCCGAACCGACCCGAACAUGCUGGUCAUCACCUACACGUCGGAGCACAAUCACCCCUGGCCCACCCAGCGCAACGCCCUCGCCGGUUCGACCCGCUCCCACCCGCUCAAGCACCACCACAACCACAACAGCAACAACAACGGCACGUCGUCAUCCUCCGCCGGGUCAAAGAACUCCUCCUCCAACGCCAACGCCAACAAUAAUAACAUUAAUAUUAAGGAAAAUCACAGCAAGGACCACGCUGCUGGUGUCAGCAUGAGCAGCGAGGACGGCGAGGGUGACGAUGACUCGGCCGGCUUCCUGACUGCCACUGCCAGCUGUAGUACUGCUGGCGUGGCAGCAGUGAAAGAGGAGCAGGCUGACGUGGAUGAUGAUGAUCGGGAUACGACGAAGCAGAUGAUGGAGAUGGAGCUGGAGAUGAGCCACGAGUGUGCCGAGUUCAGCGGAGGGUUCUCGACGGACAGUUACCGGCCCGCGCUCGCUGCUCCUUCGGAUUUCUUCUCGGACUUGGGGGAGAUAGAUGCUGACGUGGACCCUCUGGAGCUGCUGUUUAGCCAGGGAGGCGGUGGAGAUGAGCGGAAGGAUGAGAAAGGUGGUGGCGGUGGGUUGGAGCCUUCUUUGUUCAGCAUGUUUGAUUGGUCUACCUCAUCACUUGCGAUGGACAACCAGUACAACAACAACAACAACAUUACUGCUGCUUCGUUUGGGGGUCAGGAAGCUGCUGCUGCUGCUGCCAGUAAGAGGGACUAGCUAUAGCGUAUAGGUGAUGAUAAUCAGAUAUAUACGACUUGUCCUCAUGGGAGAAAAAAGAAGCUAUUUUUUACUCUUUUACAUUGUGAUUUUCUUUCUGAUGAUACUCUUGUACGUUGUUUCUCUAUUUUUUUUCUUCUUCUUUUUCUUACACGAUAUAUAAGAGGGAUGGAGUCAUGCAGUCAAAGAAAGGAGCUCUUAGCAA